AAAAGACUGGAGAAGUAUUUUUCCUCUCCGGGCACCACGGCUAUGUGUUUAUACCGCAGCAGACUUAAUCAGUAAUACUAUAUUUCGGUUUUGGUUUUAAAGGGAAUGUAGUCCUAAAAUAAAGGGGGCUAAGGGGUGCAGAGAGGUGAGGUCCAGAUUGUGGCUCAGUGGUGUCUGUGCGCCCCCUGCUGGGGGAGCUGUGCCAUGCUUUUUUCUGAAGGCUGGGUGGGGGCGCUUGUCCCUGGCCAAGCACAGUGGGAACUGCCUGUGUGGAGGACAGUAGGUGGUGCCAGAGACAGAAAUAAUCCAUGGCCCUGAGGGGAGUAAAUAGGUCCUUGGGGGCCACGUAGGAUAGAGAUAGACACGUGGGUAAAGAUUCAGUUGUCCAGGUAGUACCCACUGGUCUGGGCCGCUGCUCCCAUGCUCAGGAACCAGAACUUGUGGGUGAGGACACAUUGUCCCUCCUGCCAAGGUAAUAACUUCCUCCUUGAGCCAGGAUCCUGCCCCAGGCAGGAAUACAGCUCUGCACCUCUGGAAGCUCCUGUUUAGACUGCCUGCCAAAAGCACCCUGAAGCUCAGAAUCAAGGAGCAUGGUCCAAAGGAGGUGGGGUUUCGAGGGGUCCCACAGGAACUGCUUCUGCCCGAAUUCCGUAAUGAAGGGCUAUGUGCUUGUAGACAUGCUGGUCAUGGUGGGCUUCGCACUGGGAAAGGUUCCUGUUCCCGAAGUCCGGACCUGCCACUUCUGCCUCUUAGAAGACCCUGCCGUAGGAUGCAUUUCCGGCUCAGAGAAGUGCACCAUCAGCAGCUCAUCCCCGUGCAUGGUGAUCUCCAUCUAUUAUGCUGUCCCCUUUGCUCUGCAGGUCAGUGUCCGCUUCAACAUCUGAGGCUGUGGACAGAUUAGUUCCUACCACUGCCAAGAAACGCGUAGCACCUACUUCUCACAGCACUGGUAUCAGGCCCAUGGCUGUCAGUACAAUUACUGCAACUCCUGGACCAGUCCCCAGCUCCAGAGCUCCCUGCCUGAGCUCUCCGAGAAGGCCCUGGCCCUGCCUCUGUCCAACGCCCAGGUCUGCCAGUUCUACCAGGCCCUAAACCUCUCCUUGCCCCUGCCUAGCUUCCAUGCUGGGAAGGAACCUGAAGGCCUAGACCCCCUGGCCACCCUGCCCCUGGAGCUAGGCUUGUCCGUGGCUGACCUGUGCCAUAGGUACUUGUUCUUCGGCAGCUCAGGACUUCUGGAUCUACCCAGGGCUGGACCCUGACUCCUUCCCCUUCCCACACCACAGCGCGUUCAAUGCCCCUCACCCCCAGCCUCCUGCAGUACCCUCACCCUGUGGUCCUGUGGCCUCCUGGGCUUCCCUCCUUUGUACCUCCAGCAUCUGUAUGAUUUAGGUUUCACGCCACCCCCCAUCCUGCACUGCUCUUUCUGCCUCCUAGAAAAACUCAAGCAUAGAUUCUGCCUAUCCAGACGAGAGAAGGGCACAGAGGAACCAUCAUCUGAGUGCUCCACACCCCCUCCAGUGGUCACCUGCCAUGUCCACUCAGACCUGGUACCGUAUCCCCUUAGGCCUGUCUCUAAGACUCAGUGCCACACUGGCCUUUCAGCAGGAAGGGUGUCUUUGCCGAUUUCCUAACGUGGCAGUCUGGUGUCCCUUCCUCGCUGUCUCUAGCCCCUCUCCUGUCCCAGCCUUCUGCUUUGGCCUCCUGUCGUAGUCUUUGGCCUCCUCAGACCCAUUUCACCUCACUGAGUCCUUGCUGAAAGGAGAGGAGAGGGUCUGUCUGGAUUUGCUCCAUGUCCCCCAUUUCCCUCCACAAUAAACUAGAACUGGACUCACUGUCA